CAUUGAUGGCUUCUCUAAUUGCGACUCGAAUUAGAUUCCGAUUCUCAACGGAAGGCGCAAGGUAGCAAAUGCACAGCCUGCAAACUGCAGAGGAAAAGAAAAAAAAAAUACCAAGACCAAAAUGCACCGGGCUCUUUCCAGGCCACGCCUAGAACCGCUGCGGGUUGGUAAGCGAUAGAAAACGCGGAGGCACCAACUCGCUGGGCUCCACUCGGCGAGUAGAAGCGCCCUUUUCCAAAUGGCAACCACGGCGGACGACGAGUGGGAACCUGCGCUCCACGGCUGCCACCACCACCACAACAACAACAACAAUAAUAACAACAAUAACAAAGACAACGAGGCGGGGGAGACCGCGACCUCCGCGCCGGCCAGCUCGACCGAACCCGGGGGGAAGACGUCGCAUAACCUCGGUAACGGUUCGGUCAUCAACCCCGGCGGUGGAAAUAAUGGGAAAUGGGUUCGGCUGAACGUCGGCGGAACCGUAUUCCUGACGACGAGGCAGACGCUCCUAAAAGAGCAAACUUCGUUCCUGUACCGACUGUGCCAGCAGCAAGACCUGCACUCGGACACGGAUGAGACGGGCGCCUACGUGAUCGACCGAGACCCCACCUACUUCGGACCCAUCCUCAACUACCUGCGACACGGCAAACUGGUCUACAACAAGGAGCUAGCGGAAGAAGGAGUCCUGGAGGAGGCCGAGUUCUACAACAUCACCCCGCUCAUUAAACUCAUCAAGGAGCGGAUCAUCGAGAGGGACUCCAAGUCCACGCAGCAGGUUCCCCCUAAGCACGUCUAUCGAGUGUUGCAGUGCCAGGAGGAGGAGCUGACCCAGAUGGUCUCCACGAUGUCCGACGGCUGGAAGUUUGAGCAGGUCAGCGUGCGCGCCUGCAGAAAGCCCCGCACUGGACUACUCUGGACUAUGGUGAACAUCGGUUCGUCGUACAGCUACGGAACCGAGGAUCAGGCUGAGUUUCUGUGCGUCGUUUCCAAGGAGCUUCACACGCCCGGUUCUGGGCUGGCUACGGAGCAGAGCCACAAAACGAAGCCGACGGAGACGCAGGAGGAGGAAGCAGCAAAGGAAGAGGAGGCAGAGGGAGGGAGAGAAACCACAGCGAAUGAGUGGCUUAGAGAAUGAGGGAGUCAUGUUCCUUUGUUCCAGAGCGAGUCUGGGAAAGGCUUUUCCAGAUCCACGGCUCCCGGAUGUAGACAUGACAAGAACCUAAAUUAUUUAUUUAGGCUCAUAACAACAUCCUGUACUUGGAACGCGUAUGUGUGUGUGUGGCGUCCAACGGAAGGCUGCCGCAAAUGGAUUUGUAGCAUUAUAAAUUGACCAACUUUAAAAAAAAAAAAAAAAAAAAAAGGGUGAACCGAAACAACCCAUAUUUCAUUGAGUACAGCAAUAUUCUCAAAAUAUAGUUUCCAGGGAGCUUAGAAAAAGGAACAGCUUGUGUUUCGAAAGUAGUCCGGCUUAGUACAUUCAUGACCAAAGAUUUUAAAUAACCUGAACCACAUCACAAUGAACUCCCAAUGACGUUUCCAUGGAAACGGCCAUAGAAUUAACAUCCAAAAUGGUGCAUUACGCGAGGUAGGUCGAAAGUGCUUGAAUUGGCUGCGAAUUUGCAUCACCUCAUAGUAUUUGAAGGUUAUUGCAGUUCUCGUUUAGAAAUGUAUCACAUAGGCCCAAGUGGCUCUUUUUAUAAACGAGCAACCGGCAUGUUCUGGAAACUUUUAAGGUCCUCGCAAUACACUUGUAGCAGGAUUACCAGGAUUCAUGUUUCGGAUAAGAUGUUUAGAUGAUGAUAAUCAUAUCGGUGGUAGUGAAAAACUUCAGUAAUUUUUUUUUUUUUUUU